AUGGAGGAUAAACCUUAUUACGCCGAGAAUGGCAAUUCUACUUCUGAUAUUGAGGGAAAGUACCUUAUUCAUGAAGAGGAAGUAGUAGGUCGUGGCGCGUGGAGUGUUGUCAAACGGUGCACUCCCAUCCCUCCCUACACACCGCGUGGGUCACAUCCUGGUAUGAAAUUUGUCGUGAAGGUUAUCGAAAAGGAGUAUUUGAUUUCUCUGACCAAAGGCGAUGUGGAUCGCGCCAUGGUGGAAGUGAAGCGGGAAAUUAACGUCCUUAGACACAUCCCACCGCAUGAGAACGUAGUCACCUUUAUCGAACACAUAGAAACUGAAAAGCACUUUUUGCUUUUUUUUGAAGAAGUCUGCUGUGGUGAUCUGUGUGAACUUAUUCUUCAAACUCCUGAUGGAAAAUUAACAGAGGGAAAGGCUAAGCUCUACAUCUACCAGAUCAUCAAGGCAGUGAUUCAUUGCCACUUGCAUGACGUUAUUCAUAGGGACAUUAAACCUGAAAAUCUUCUUGUAAGUGAGAAAGAUGACAUUAAGCUCACAGAUUUCGGUCUUGCUAAGUACGUCAAGGGGAUUUGUACAGGUGAUGUCCCAAAUGAUCCUUUGGAUUUGGUGUCCCUUAUGAUGCCUUACAUUGGAUGCGAGCGUCUUAUUGGGAAGCGCAUCGUGUGUUCAGACGUUAUAGGAACGCCUCGGUACGGAGCACCUGAGAUGUUUUAUGCUAAAUUCACGCAAACUCACUACGAUGGCUUCAGCGCUGAUACGUGGUCGAUCGGUGUUGUCGCGUACAUUAUGCUGUCUGGGAGCUUUCCAUACUCCGCCAGCUCCUCGGCAUCGGACGAAGAAGUGUUUCGCACAAUCAUGGACACUCCACUUCCGAGCCCUUCUAACAUCAGCACGCUCGCAUUAGACUUCAUCCAAUGCCUUCUGAACAAAGAUCCCACUAAACGUGUGCCGCUUCAUGAUACACUUAACCACCCUUGGCUCAUGGAUGUUGUAGUGCCGCGUGGAUCCGUUGUUGCGGGCAAGUUGCGACAAAACUCCAUCACACCCAAGGUCGAGGAGGCGUGCAAGUGGUUUGACGAAGAAGCGAAGAACUUUCAUAUUUGCAUUGCAAAGCUGCAAUAUGAGCUUAUGAUUCUUCGUUCAGAAUUUGACAAAUACAGAGAGGAGCACAAAUCUAGGGAGAGUCCAAAAACACCGCCACGGCGCGCUCAGACCCCUAGCGGGACGUCGCGUUUGCGUAAUACGCGAUCACCGGUGUCAUCGUCGAGGGUUACUCCAGCAAGCAGGCCAGGGUCUCGGCUGCACACUGUAAGUCGUGACGUCGGCACCACACCGACGCAAGGUAAAACCUUGGGUGUAACUGCUCGGACCCGUAGCCCUCUUGCGCGAAGUGCGGGCGGGGCAGCAGUGAGACGUGGGACUCCCGCCCGAACGAGGGGAACGACUCCGGCGUCACUGCGCAGUGGUACGCCGACCCGUCCCACUACUAGAUCCUCCUCUGCAAUUCGGGGCUCACACGCUAAUCGCACCAUGACGCCAUCUGGAAAAGUGCGCGAGUCUACACUAAGCAACACACCUCGAAAGCCUUCACAAACUCCGCGCGCUCUCUCAGGAGGCAUGAAUAGCAUGUCUUCGUCUACGAUGGGUGCAACCCAGGCAUGCGAGCUGCGUGUUAAUGAGCAAGUUACCUACAAGGGCUACCGUGCAAUUGUGCGUUUUAACGGUCCAACUUCUUUUGGUGCAGGCGUUUGGAUCGGCCUCGAAAUGCUGGAGGGCAAUGAAGGUACCAAUGACGGGUCUUCUUUUAUUGAUAAAAAGGAGUACUUCAAGUGUCCCAAGGGAAGGGGCGUUUUCGUACGUGCUUCGCAGGUGAAACGGUGUUAA